AUGAGACAGGCGGAGCGUGGCUGGGUGUCACGAGACGAAAGCUACGGGCGACGCAGGGCCCACGCCACGUCGACCACCGGUCCACCCCGCGUCGCCAAUAAAUGCAGCGCCCAACCUACCAAACCAAACAGCCCAAGACCAAAUCUCUCCUCCCUCCCCUGCCAAUCAGCUCCGUCCGCCCGUCCGUACAUCCGCCCACCCAUCCCCAUGGGCGCCGCCGAGGAGCAGCACCCGCCGGCGCCGGCGCCGGCGGCUGUUGAGGAGUCGAAGCGGACGCUGGUGUUCACGUACGGCACGCUGAAGCGGGGCUUCUCCAACCACGGGCUGCUGCAGGACCUGGCGCGGGCGGGGGACGCGGCCUUCGUGGCCGCCGCCGCCACGGCGGACCCGCUCCCGCUCGUCUGCGGGCCCUACCGCGUCCCCUUCCUCCUCAACCUCCCCGGCGAGCACGGCUGCCAGCGCGUCCGCGGGGAGCUCUACUCCGUCACCGCCAGGGGCCUCGCCCGGCUCGACGAGCUCGAGGGCGUGUCCCGCGCGCACUACGAGCGCCUCCCCGUCUCCGUCGUCGUCGAUGGCGAGGAGGGGACAGUGGAAGAGGUGGUGGCGUACUACGCGCACCGCGGGUACGCGGCGGAGAUGUGGGCGCGGAGCGGGCGCAGGGGCCACGCCGAGUACUCCCCGGCCGUGGCCGCCGGGUACGUCCGCCGCGUGGACCGGCCCCAGCACCUCACCUUCCUCGACCAGAUCCGCGUCUUCGUCUCCUCCCAGUCCUGACGCGAGAUUGGAUGAUCUUGGCUCUCGAUUUCGCCGCACCGCCGCCGCCGACGAGGACCGUACGGUCGAGUUGUUCCUCCGUUUCAGAUUUGGUCUGGUGUGGUGUCGUUUGUCACUUUGCUUCUGCGCUUAUCUGUCUCCUUGUCUGGAACUGAAAGAUGCGUGCCGUGCCAGAUUGAUAGAUGGAUACACUUAUCAGUGUCACAAUAAUAAUUGUUGCUAUGUGCAUCCAUCUUUCUACUACCUCCGUCCGGGUUUAUUGAUCCCCAUUGUAUUUUAAGCCAAAUUUUGAUCAUAGAUUAAACUAAUAAAAUAUUCACGCA